AACGAAUUAUUACCAUGCUUUGUUGACAAACUACAGUAAAGGAGGAUAUUUUUCCAAAAUCCUAGACUAUAGAUCUAAUCUUAUACUAUUUUAGAUGUAGUCUAGAUAUAGAUCUAGCGAAUAGAGUUUAGAUUUAAGAUCUCGAUCUAUACUGGUUAUAGAUUUAUAAUAGAGAAAUGAAAUUUACAUACCAGUUUUCCAACUUACUUGGAUCUGUGUAUAAGAAGGGUAACAUAGUCUUCACACCAGAUGGAAACAGUGUCGUCAGCCCUGUGGGAAACAGAAUAUCUGUUUUUGAUCUGAAAAACAACAAAUCCAGAACUUUGCCGAUAGAGACCAGAGUGAAUAUCACCUGCACAGCACUGUCACCUGACGGAAGAACUGCUAUUGUUGUCACCGAAGAGGGUGAAGGUCAUCUAAUCAGCCUGGUCAGUCAAAGUGUUCUGGGCACUCACCACUUUCACCAUGAGGUGCAUCAAGUCAAGUUUUCUCCAGAUGGAAAAAAGUUUGCUGUCACUAGAGACACAGUUGUACAAGUCUUUCAUGCUCCUGGGAAAACAUGUGAGUUCAACCCCUUUGUUCUGUACAGAACAUUUUCCGGUCAUGUGGAUGAUGUAGUCUCAAUUGAUUGGUCAUCUGAUUCAAGAGUGUUGUGUAGCGGCUCAAGAGACAGAAGAACCCGCGUCAUAGCAGCGCAGAGAUUGAAGAACCUCAAUAUUUAUGAUUUGGGAGGCUUACGAGACACAGUUGUAGGGGCAUUUUUUGAGGAGCGUUCACUAGAUAUCUACAGUGUAGCCAAAGAUGGCUAUGUAUUUGUCUGGAAGUCAGACACACAACUUAAUGACCUUCAGGCCUGGGAGGAAAAAAGCUCAGAGGACAUGGAAGAUGUUGACGACAGUGAGGUCAAGUCACCAAAGAAAAGAAAGAAACAGAAAAACCAAGAGGAGGAAACCGCAGUCUCAAGAAUUUUUUACACAUCUGGAGGAAAGUUUUCUUACAGAGAGGCCCGCAAAGGAUCAGAGUAUGCAGAGUUGACCUCAACGUGUUUCCACAAAUCUUCCCAUGUUUUGAUUUCUGGGUUUUCUGAUGGAACAUUUUUUCUUCACGAGAUGCCAGGAUUCAGUUUAAUACAUUCCCUGAGUAUUUCGGAGCAAAGUGUUGAUUCCAUUGCCAUUAAUAACACUGGUGAUUGGGUGGCGCUAGGCUGUGGUAAACUGGGUCAGCUGCUGGUGUGGGAGUGGCAGUCAGAGUCCUAUGUCCUAAAGCAACAGGGUCAUUUCAACGACAUGACAUGUGUCACAUACUCUCCUGAUGGUCAGAACAUAGUCACUGGGGGAGGAGACGGCAAGGUUAAAGUGUGGAACUCCAUGUCUGGUUUCUGUUUUGUGACCUUCAAUGAGCACACAGGGGAGAUCACUGGAGUCAAGGUCACACAAAAUGGCAGAAGUGUUCUCUCCAGCUCUAUUGAUGGAACUGUUAGAGCCUUUGAUCUUACAAGAUAUCGUAACUACAAGACAUUCACAUCGCCGAAGCCUGACCAGUUCUCCUGUCUGGCAGUGGAUGGAUCCGGGGAAAUAGUCUGUGCUGGAGGAACCAAUGAGUUCUUAAUUUAUGUUUGGACAAUGAAGACUGGACGAUUGUUACAGACUCUAGCCGGUCAUGAAGGUCCAAUUAGUGCCCUCGACUUCAGUCAAUCUGAUUCUGUCUUGGCAAGUGGGUCAUGGGACAAAACUGUCAAGUUCUGGAACAUAUAUGAACAGGGAGGCCGGAGAGAAACAAUAGAACUCAAUUCAGACGUUAUGUCCUUGACCUUCCGUCCUGAUGGUCGAGAGCUAGCUGUGGCGACACUAAAUGCUCAGAUAACUUUCUGGGACACAAACUCGUGUCAACAGAAAGGGGCAGUGGAAGGCAGACAUGACUUGGGCUAUGGGAGAAAAGAAACGGAAAAAAUUUCUGGUAAAACUUCUGCUGAAGGAAAAUCCUUUGAAAGUCUGUGUUACAGCGCAGAUGGGGAGUGUAUCCUAGCAGCAGGAAGGUCCAGGAACGUGUGUAUCUAUUCCAUAGCUGACCAGCUGUUGAUGAAAAAAUUUGUCAUCUCAUGCAAUCAUUCUUUAGAUGGAAUGGAGGAGUUUCUUGACAAGCGGAAAAUGACAGAGUGGGGCAGUCUAGCAUUGGUGGACACUGGUCAGAGUGAUGGAGAUAAGGCCAUAGCACUACCAGGUGUCAAGAAAGGAGAUCACAGCUCUCGCUACUGGAAGCCAGAAGUCAGAGUUUACUCCCUUCAUUUUUCACCCACAGGACGCUCAUGGGUUGCUUGUACCACUGAAGGAUUGUUGGUCUACGCCCUGGAUCACUCUCUGGUCUUUGAUCCCUUUGAGCUGGAGAUCGACAUCACUCCGUCCAGCGUCAGGUCAACAUUGAUGCAAGGGAACUACUCGGCAGCCUUGAUGCUCAGCUUCAAACUGAAUGAAGAGAUUGUCAUUCUUGAAGUCUUGGAGUCCAUACCUGUUUCCAGCGCUGAAAACAUCAUUGAGAACAUACCAGACAUGUAUGUAGAUAAGCUGUUAUCUUUUGUUGGACAAGUAAUAGAGAGCUCCGCACAUCUAGAGUUUUACCUCCACUGGUUAUUGCCCUUAUUGACACGUCAUGGUCCAAAACUGAAAGAGAGGUCGCAGAUGAUCAUGCCCUCACUUAGGACACUGCAGCGAAACUUGACCAGAAAGUAUGAAGAUCUACAGAAAAUUUCUGAUCACAACAAAUAUACUUGUCAAUAUCUCUUGGCCUUGUCCCAGUUGAAGACUAAACUAGCCAAUCAGGAAACAGACACAGCCCACAGUGAAAGUGAAGAAGAAGUACCUUGGCAUGUUGAGAGCUCGGAUGAAAGUAUGGACUACGCCACAUUAGAAUAAAUAUUUUUGAGAUUCAUGUUUAGAAAUAAACUGUGUGUAAAUAUAGAAUCUGUUUCUGUUGUCAUUGG